CUUCUGGCCCUAGGAAGGUGGGAGUUGGGGAGGAACUUGGUCGGAGGGGCACAAGCCUAUGGAGCAGAUCCCACUCCUUACUGGUAGUGGGUUUCCAUGCACAGGCUGGAUUCCUCCCCCUUCUCUCAACCCAAACCCUGACCCAGAGAGCAGAGUCUGAUUUGGAAGCUGGAGGACAAAGCCAUGUAAGGUCUGUGGAUAUCACUGCCGCCAGCUCAGACCCGCCUCCCAGCUCCGGCUCCAGCCUCCCUGCUCCCCACCCUCAGCAAAAGCAUCAGAAAACAAAGACAUUCUGCUAGCGUCCAGACUCCUAACCAAGAGAGUCCACUGCUGCUAAAACGCCUGUCCGUCUUCAAGAACAAUGACCCAGAAGACCACCCUGGUGCUUCUGGCAUUGGCUGUCAUCACCAUUUUUGCCUUGGUUUGUGUCUUGUUAGCCGGUAGGAGCGGAGAUGGAGGUGGACUGAGCCAACCUCCCCAUUGUCCGUCCAUUCUUCCCAGUGCCCAGCCCUGGACCACUCCUGGCCAGAGCCAGCUGUUUGCAGACCUGAGCCCCGAGGAGCUGACAGCUGUGAUGACCUUUCUGACCAAGCACCUGGGCCCAGGGCUGGUGGAUGCAGCCCAGGCUCGGCCCUCGGACAACUGCGUCUUCUCAGUGGAGCUGCAGCUGCCUGCUAAGGCUGCAGCCCUGGCCCAUCUGGACAGAGGGGCGCCCCCGCCUGCCCGGGAGGCGCUGGCCAUCAUCUUCUUUGGUGCACAACCCCAGCCCAAUGUGACUGAGCUGGUGGUGGGGCCCCUGCCUCACCCAUCCUACAUGCGGGAUGUGACUGUGGAGCGACAUGGUGGCCCUAUUCCCUAUUACCGGCGUCCCGUGCUAGGCAGAGAGUAUAUGGAUAUCGAGCAAAUGAUCUUCCGCAGAGAGCUGCCCAAGAUUUCUGGGCUCCUCCAUCACUGCUGUUUCUACAAACAUGGGGGACACAACCUGCUAAAAAUGACUUCAGCCCCCCGUGGUCUGCAAUCAGGGGACCGGGCCACCUGGUUCGGUUUGUACUACAACCUCUCAGGGGCUGGUUUUUACCUACACCCUAUUGGCUUGGAGCUGCUGAUAGACCACAAGGCCCUGGACCCUGCCCUAUGGACCAUCCGGAAGGUAUUUUAUCAAGGCCGCUACUUUGAGAGUCUGGUUACUCUGGAGGACCAGUUUGAGGCCGGCCUGGUAAAUGUGGUGGUGAUACCAGCCAAUGGCACAGGUGGGUCCUGGUCCCUAAAGUCCUCAGUGCCACCAGGUCCAGCUCCCCCUCUGCAGUUUCAUCCCCAGGGACCCCGCUUCAGUGUCCAGGGGAGUCGAGUGGCCUCCUCUUUGUGGACUUUCUCUUUUGGCCUUGGAGCUUUCAGUGGCCCAAGGGUCUUUGAUAUCUGCUUCAAAGGGGAGAGAGUGGCCUAUGAAAUCAGUGUCCAGGAGGCCAUAGCCCUGUAUGGUGGCAAUUCUCCAGCAGCAAUGACGACCUGCUAUAUGGACGGUAGCUUUGGCAUUGGCAAAUAUUCUACCUCCCUGACCCGUGGGGUGGACUGUCCUUCUGCCACCUACAUGGACUGGCAUUUCCUUCAGGAAUCUCAGUCACCCAAGACACUACGCGACGCAUUUUGUGUGUUUGAACAGAACCAGGGCCUCCCGCUACGGAGACACCACUCAGAUUUCUACUCCCACUAUUUUGGGGGUGUUGCGGAGACCGUGCUCGUGGUCAGAUCUGUGGCUACCUUGCUCAAUUAUGACUAUGUGUGGGACAUGAUCUUCCACCCCAACGGGGCCAUAGAAGUCAAAUUCCAUGCCACGGGCUACAUCAGCUCAGCAUUCUUCUUUGGUGCUGGUGAAAGGUUUGGAAACCGAGUUGGGGAGCACACGCUAGGUACGGUGCACGCCCACAGUGCUCACUACAAAGUGGACCUGGAUGUGGCAGGGUUGAAGAACUGGGCCUGGGCAGAGGACAUGGCUUUUGUCCCCAUGAACGUACCUUGGAGUCCCGAGUACCAGAUACAGAGGCUGCAGGUGACCCGGAAACUACUGGAGACGGAAGAGGAGGCUGCCUUCCCCCUGGGGGGUGCCACCCCACGCUACCUGUACCUGGCCAGUAACCACAGCAACAAGUGGGGUCAUAGGAGAGGCUACCGCAUUCAGACACUCAGCUUUGCUGGGGAGCCACUGCCUCAGGAAAGCCCCAUAGAGAAAUCCAUCAGCUGGGGGAGGUACCACUUGGCUGUGACGCGGAGGAAGGAGGAGGAGCCUGGAAGCUCCAGCAUCUUCAACCAGAAUGACCCAUGGACCCCCACUGUGAAUUUCACUGACUUCAUCAAUAAUGAGACCAUCGCUGGGCAGGACUUGGUAGCCUGGGUAACAGCUGGUUUUUUGCACAUCCCACAUGCAGAAGACGUUCCCAACACGGUGACUGUGGGGAACGGGGUGGGCUUCUUCCUCCGGCCCUACAACUUCUUUGAUGAAGAUCCCUCCAUCUACUCUGCCGACUCUGUCUAUUUCCGAGGAGACCAGGAUGCCAGUGCCUGUGAGGUCAACCCCCUGGCUUGCUUGUCCCAGACUGCCACCUGUGCGCCAGACCUCCCUGCCUUCUCCCAUGGAGGCUUUAUUCACAAAUAAGUGUCCCGUGGAUGGACAGUCUAGCCAAGGGCCCUGGGAUAAGAGGUGCGGAGAGCAGCAGCAGCUGGCAGUGUACAGGGCCGUCUGGUUCCUUCCGUCCAUAUGUCUCUGAUGUCUCCUCUCUCUUCUGCUGCACUUCCUGUCUCUCUCUCCCUGCCUGGAACAUCCUGAGCAUGAUGCCCGACCCACAGGGACACUGGUCUUUGUUGAGAGCGGCUGUACUGAGUUCCUGCCUCGGGAGACAAGUAGCCUGGCUAGGAGUCUGGAGUGAUGGCUGUGGGCUUUUUCAGACGGUUCCUUCUUUUUUUUUUUUUUUUUUUUUU